UAUGGUAUUGAUGAAUUAUACAUAGAAGUGUAAUCUUAUAGGUAAUUUAUGGUAUUGAUGAAUUAUUCGAAAUUUAUUUGAGCUUUAAUUGUCUUACAAAUGCACUUGUCUAGUCUGCAUUUGUCGUACAAAUGUACUUAAAAGAUCAUAUAGUCUACAAUAAUUGUUAUACACAUGCAAUUGUCUGACCUUAGUCUUCAUUUGUCGUACAAAUGUGCUUAUAUCAUCAAAUGUGUUUGAAUAGGUUCUCAAUUUUGUAAAUCUAGACUUGACUCAAAUAGUUUCCUCAAAUUGAUGACUGAGCUUUUUCUUGCAUAUGUGCUGCCAUGUGGGACUGAACUUUUGUGAGUUUUGUAACCACGUUAAUGAAUGACCAAAGUGAAUACUUCUGAAACUUUUGGAGAGCGUCUUUACGAGGGUUUAGAAAGUGAGGCUUCUAAUUUGUUGGCAGAAUGGGGUUAUUUUAGGCCGUUGCCUUGUGUUUUCUCUGCGUAAGGUUGAUAUUCUAUCCUGGAAUUAAUUUCCUCUGCUACCAUACAAUUGUGGCAGGGCAAGAUGACUGCUUUGUUUUGUUUUCGAAUCUUUGAUGAAGCUAUUCUAUUUUUUAUUUUUGAUGAUCCUACUAGUGCCUCACCAACUAGUACCUUUGAAUUUUGUCCAGUAUAUAGCAGUUGUGUUCGGAUAUCGGAUGAUUAACUAAUCAUGUAUAUGCCAGAAUAUGCAUUUGGUGAGAGUGGAAAACCUUCAUCAGGAGAUGAUGGUGUUGUGCCUCCCAAUGCUUCGCUCCAAAUGGAUCUUGGGUUAGUCUCGUGGAGGAUUGUAUCUGACAUUACUAAGGAGAGGAAGGUCCUUAAGAAGAUCUUAAAGGAAGGAGGGGGAUAUGAAAGACCAAAUGAUGGAGCUAUGGUUCUAGGUACAGUUUUGCUAAUAAAAGCUUUUAAAGGCUUUUGUACUUUGAUUUCAUUUGUAAAAGUGAGAAUAUUAUGUCUUCAUUUUCUUUAGGUUUUUUAGUUUUGACAAAGUUGGAAGAUAUACUUGAUUACUUAUAUAAUGCUAACAUGUGUUUAGUUACUUUGUGAUGCAUAAAAUUUAGUCUUGUAGUUGAAAAUCAUGUUGAUUUAAUUAGGCUUAUUUCGAUUUUUUAAUAGAUGAUAAAUAAUUUAUAAUUAGCUUGAAUUUUGGGCAUGAAUUCAUAAUCAGCAUUUUAUAAUUAUAUAUUUUUUUUAAAAGCUUGGAUUUGGCUGCGAAAUCGCUAGGAAUGUGUAGCUAGAGAUUUAUUGCGAAAUCGUUGUGAAAUAUCCUAGCGAUUUAGUUAGGAAACAUAAACGUUUGAACAUUAUUUAACUAGGCAUUAAUUGGGAACUAGCUAGGAUAU